AUGCAUAUGGAUGCAGCCGAACUGAAUACCAGUCUGGGAAGAGAUGUGAUUCUUCAAUAUGGCUUUGAGUUUAUCAAUAAUACCCUGAAAAACGAUUUGAUACCUCAGCUACUUUUGGAGACGCUCAAAGAUAUUUAUCAGAACGUUAUUUCAAGCAAACACAGCCUUGAUGUUAUAGCUUUUAAUAAAGAAUUGGAGGAUGAAACAUUUGGUCAUAUCACACCGAAACUCGUCACUUCAAAGUUAAAUAAAAUUAUUCAACCGGAAGAAUCCAGUUGGACGAAUGAUUUCCGUGAGAAUAAUACCCAAAGGCCUUUUGAAACAAAUCGUAUUAAUAAAGGACAAAGAACUGCUUGGUGCACAGUUCUAGCUGACAGAGCCAUGAAAAAUGCUCUGGCAUUCGACAUAUUUGAAGAUGUUCUAAUGGACGUGUUCAAAUAUGUAAUACCAAAAGGCGCAAAAUAUGUAUUGGAAGAGCAACAGAUUUUCAUCAGUAUUUCAGAAGAAACGGUAGGUGAAUUGAUUGCAGAGUUGGCUAGCAAAGAAUACAACCUCCAAAUUGAAAAUUUACAAUUAUAUCUGUUAAAAACGAUUGAUGGUAUAGCGAGAAAGAACCCUGGUGAAGUAUUAGCGUCUAUGGCUGUUGAUGCACUAUUACCCAUUGCAGUUCCUGGUCCGAUUACCGGAACGUAUACUAGCAAUCCAAUUGAAGAAAAUACAUUAAAAAGUAUGGCAUUCGAUGUACUAUUGGAUAAAGUCUGUUCAAUUAGUGAGGCUGAUAAAACUGUGAAUGAAUGUCUUCCUCUAGCAACUUAUCAUGAAAUGAUAAAUGAAGACAUAUUUUUCAUGGAAACACUCAAAAUGCUGAAGUACCAUAUAGACAAUGAUCUUGCAGAUAUUGAUCUUAUGGAGACAGAAGAAAGAUCCGUAUCGGAAAGGUUUAUAGAAAAUAUUGAGUAUAUAAUAUUUCGAAAGUCUGAAAAGAGAAAACGCUGA